CAUUACGGUUAAAUCCAUACAUAUACAAUUAAUAUAUUGUGCAUUGCUAUUUGGUAUUUUUUUAGUUUAUCAACUUUGGCCACACUGCGCGCUGUGUGUUAUGCAAAAGUCGUCGUGAAUUUUUGACUGGCAAAUUUCCUCAAUUUUCUCGAUAAUAACAAAGCCAGCCAAGAUGGCGACGGCCGUGCCGCAUGUGCCCCCUAAACAGGAUUUACCACCACCCGGUGGCUACAAGAAGAUUCCCUUUGCUCGUGUGCCACCCAAAAGUUACUUCACUGGCUUUUCCAUGAUUGGCACCUAUCUGGUGGCCACCAUUGGCGGCUUGGGCAUCUAUUAUUUGACAGCCAAAAAGGUGAAACGCGAUGAGAUUGAAAUGCGUUCGGCCGAAAAUGUGAUUUUCCCGCUGCUGAUUGCAGAGCGUGAUCGCGAAUUUUUGCGUCAAUUGCGUCGCAAUCGUGACGAGGAAGCCGACCUCAUGAAGAACGUCCCCGGCUGGGAGGUGGGCACCUGGUAUGGUGAGCCAGUGUACAAGACGCUGCCUGAAGAUACUUUGGUAUCGCCCCAUUUCCGGGAGUUCUAUGCACAUGCCGACUGGAAAUCGACAGCAAAGCGAGCCAAUUUGAAGCUCUGGUCGUAAACGAAACAACUUUGGAUUAGUUAAUGCACCAACUAUCAAAAAGAAAACUACAUUUUUUUGUUAAUAUAUAGAAUUCGCCUUAAGCUCGCUCAUUGUUGUUGAUCAUUAAAGCAAAAUUGAUUAA